UAUCAGAAAACCAAAAAAAAGAGUAGAUUGUUGUCAUGUUAUUGUGCUCUGCAGGGUUCACUGCAUGCACUUAUUUUCUAAUUUUUUGUUGUAGAAAUUGUGAAUUGAGAUCCUUAAUGCAGAAUUAUGUUUUUUUUUUGUCAAACAUUUUAACUUACUUUUACAGAAUAGUGUUCAUGUGUUGAGAUAAUUAUAAACAAAUUUUAAUGCAAAAAAAAAAAUUAAAAUCCACUCUUUUUGUUUGGAAAAUGAAUUUUCGACUGACUUUAAGUAGUCAUGGUGGGAGGAGGAAGUACUAAACCGACGGCAACUGGAGAAGGAAGUAAACCGAAGGCAACUAUAGAUGAUGCAUAUGCAUAUCUAAGCGCUGUGAAGAAUACAUUUCAUGAUGAGCGUGAUAAAUAUGACGAUUUUAUAGCAAUCAUGACCAAAUUUAAAGCUCGGAAACUUGAUAGGAAUGCUUGCAUUGAAGAGGUCAAAGAACUGCUUAAAGGACAUCGAGACUUGAUUUCGGGUUUCAAUGUAUUCUUGCCAAAAUGUUUGGAGAUCGCCGAUCGAUGCGACUACUUAGGCCAAAAUAUGAAAUGAUUGGAGACUCAGGACAAUUGCAUUACUGAAAAAGAAAACCACACAAUGGAUAGAUUUAAGAAAUUAAGAAAUCAAACUACUAUGAGUCGGCGGUCGGCACAUUACAAUAAUUAGAAAAUAUUUUCAUUAAUUAAAUAAAUUACUAUUCUCAUCAUCUUUGGCUUA